CAAGGGGGAUUAUUGAUUUGAUUACUUUAUAAAUGGUUAUUUUGGUAUUCUCAAGAUUUGCAGAGCAGGUCUCUGUCCCAAAUGGAAGAAAGCUUCCCUUCUUGUCAUUUUUGUCUUUUCCUCCUGCUUCUACUUGUGCACUUUCCUUUCUUGAAUCAAAAGACAAAAAUGCUGCAGAGGGUCUGUGAGUUCAUGUAAACUCCUAUUGUUGUGUCUGGUGCCUUCCUGAGAAAGGAAAGCCAUAAUGAUGAUGAUUCAUUAAAGAAAACAAAGAUAGUACCAAUAGUGACAGGAUUGGAUUGCCUUGGAUGCAAUCCCAAAAUAUCUGGAGCACAACUUCAACACCACUGACAUUGACAAAUUUGCCAUCAGUCAAUUGCAGAAGGCAGCUUUACUCAGAACAGCUUACAUCCUGCAAUGAUACAGUACCUCUAACACCAUCAAACAUCCAAAACUGCCUAUCCCAGGUCCUUGGGAAGGACUCGAGUUUUCGGGAAAUUGCCAAAUGGAACUAUGGACUCUUUGGACAAAAUUAAAGUCCUUCUGAAAAAAUGGGAGACUUCUUUUUUUCAGGAGCAGCAGAGGAAGCCCAGCAAGGCAGAUGUCCUGGAUGCUCCUGAAAAAAUAAAAAAACUAUACAGACAAUACAAGGCUCUAAAAGAAUCCAAGGGGCAUCAUGAUCUUCCUGAAUCUGUCAUGACCUGCCAACAAGAAAAUCAGGAACUUGUAGCACCAGAAAAGGCAACUGAUUUCGGUUCCUGGGGAUCACACCUGAAUCGAGGACAGAAGAUUCCUAAACUGACCCAGCAGAAUCCAGAAGCCUUGCAGGCCUCUGCACAGCAUUUUGGGAUGAAGCUGAAAUGUAACUUAGGUGCAAAAAUUAAGGAAUGUCCUGUAACUUUAAGGAGAUCCCUCACUCCUAAAAGGAAACCAGUUCAAUUAGCACAGAAGGAUGGAGCUCAGAUUGAAAAAGUUAAACCGUUCCCAUCGCCAGAAGUUCCUUCGUUAAAAACUAAUCCCAAUGAUUUGCCUGGUUCUAAUGCCAAGGAACUUACAGCUCUUCUUCCUUCUUCGUUUCCAGACCUGGCUGGCACUCAGCUCCGGUUUCCUGGUCCGAAACCGAGGCUGCCAUCAUCGGAUCGGUUUCAGUGCCAAAAGCAGACCAUCACGAAACGAUUGAGCAGUUUGGAUGCUGGGUGGCUAGACAGGUGCCAAGGGACAAAAUUGGAGACUAGAGAGGAACAAAACCAACACUGUAGUUUGAACCCAGCUAAUGGGGCAGGGCCAUGCCAAGGAUUGCCAGAAAGCAUUUCCUUCCAAACACAGGCUCUGUUUUUCAAACCUGGGAAAAGAAAAUUGGAGAAAGGUUGCCAAUCUCCCCAGGAAAAUUGUCAGCAGGACAUGUUAGAGAGGCAGCCCGUGGUCCAAAGUCCAGAAGGCCUGAGUACACGGAGCACAUGGGAUAAUCCAGAUUCAGACAAAGAAAGGAUAAGUGUAGCAUUCAGUGAAACCAGUGCUGAAAUUCCCGCCAAUGAGCAGAUGCAGAACCUGGAGACUGGCAGAAAAGACGGCAGCUGGAAAACAGAGGAGCGUCUUUUGCAAGGAGCUUCACCCAGGCUGAGUGGUGCUUUGUGUGAUGGGCAGAGUGGGCAGCUUCCCCCCACCAAGAAAGGGAAAAUGCCAAGCAAGAAAAGGCGUCUGGAUCCCGCAGCUGACGAUGAAGUUGCUCCAGACAUUUCUAAACAUGGCGUUUGUAGAAAGCGCCAAAGGACUAAAGAACUGGUUGAGGAUAGCAACGUCAAAAAACUGCACCCUGUCAGUCAAAAGCCGGGAAAGGAUGAAUACGACUUUGACCAAGACACUGCCAAAGUGCAAGAGGAGGAGAAGGAGAUGGUUCCACUUCUUUCUGAAAAUAUACUUGGGGACCUCGUUGAGGAAAAUUGUCCUAAGAAGAGUGGAAAACCCAGCAUGCCAAGCUGCAGGCUGCCAUCCAAGAAAUGUGGCAAUUUUGUCCGUCUCAAUAUGAAAACAAAAUCCCAUGUAAAGAGCUAUGUCUUGAAGGGAAAACACCUUCGCAAGCAGGUGUGGAAGCAGAAGUGGCAGAAAAAGGGGCAUCAGUUUGGUGGAGGUGGCAGGCUCGUGGACCGAAGUUCCGACACUUGCUUCAAAUGUGGGGGACGUGGUCAUUGGUCUUCCCAGUGCAAAGGUGAAGAUCGACUCUCUGCUACCGAUGCCCAGCUGGAGGACAAGAGCUGUGCUGAUGAAGAGGAAGUACCCUUGCUGACUCUGGAGGAAGUGGCUCAGAUGACCAAUACGACUUACACAAAAAUUUCAACAAAGAGUGAGAACAGCCAAGAAACCCUGGAGCAGUCUGCUCAGGAACAAAGUUACCUGCAAAUAGGAAGGCCUGUACCCGAAACGUUCAGUCCACCUGCACCGAUAGAGCCUUUCUAUAAAUUGGGGCCAGAUAAGAAGGUGAGAGAUACACCUCCUGAAGUGUUCCAAGCACUGGCUGAGCUGGGCUAUACUUCCUUCCGGCCAGGACAGGAAACAGCAGUGAUGAGGAUACUCUCAGGGCUCUCCACCUUGGUGGUCUUGUCAACAGGAAUGGGGAAAUCUCUCUGCUACCAGCUCCCUGCGUAUCUGUACAGCAAGCGGCGCCCGUGUAUCGCUUUGGUGAUCUCUCCCUUGGUGUCGCUGAUGGACGACCAAGUCUCUGGCCUCCCUCAGCGCUUGAAAGCAGUCUGCGUCCACUCCGGCAUGUCGAAGACUCAGAGGGAGGCUGCCAUGGAGAGGGUAAAGGCCGGGAAAGUCCAGGUACUCCUCCUCUCCCCCGAGGCCUUGGUUGGAGGGGGUCUCUCGAGCAGCAGCUGCCUCCCUCCCGCCGACCAGCUGCCCCCCGUGGCUUUUGCCUGCAUCGAUGAAGUGCACUGUCUGUCCGAGUGGUCGCAUAACUUCCGCCCGUGCUACCUCCGGCUCUGUAAGGUUCUUCGAGAACGCUUGGGUGUGCGGUGUUUGUUAGGCCUGACAGCCACUGCUACCGUUUCAACGGCACAGGACGUGGCCCAUCACUUGGGCAUCCCAGAGGGCGAAGGGCUGGCUGUGCGUUCUGUUGCAGUUCCUCCAAACUUGUGUCUCUCUGUCUCUACAGACAGAGACAAGGAUCAGGCUCUCGUAAAUUUGCUGCAAGGGGAAAGAUUUGGAAGCCUGGACUCAAUCAUUGUGUACUGCACGCGCCGGGAAGAGACAGCACGGAUUGCAGCCUUCAUCCGCACCUGUUUGCAAGGGGUGAAGCUGAGAAACGCCCCCUGUGAAGGAGAGCCAGAGGGGGAGGACCAACUCCCUGGAAAAAGGAAGAAAGCCAAAGCGAAAAAGAGCACCCGGCGCCCUCUGAAAUGGAUGGCCGAUGCCUACCACGCCGGCUUAUCUGCCUACGAACGUCGCCGUGUGCAGAAUAACUUCAUGUCCGGCCAGUUGCGAGUGGUGGUGGCCACGGUGGCCUUCGGGAUGGGCUUGGACAAGUCGGAUGUGCGCGGGGUUGUGCAUUACAACAUGCCCAAGAACUUUGAGAGCUACGUGCAGGAGAUCGGCCGUGCUGGGAGGGAUGGCCAACCCGCCCAGUGUCAUCUCUUCCUCAACCCAGAGGGUGAGGAUUUGCAUGAACUGAGGCGCCAUAUUUACGCAGACAUGGUUGACUUCUUCACCAUCAAAAGGCUCGUGCAGACAGUUUUCCCACGUUGCAAAUGCCAAGAGCUUCAUCAGAAGCAGCAGGAACUCAACAAGGGCUGUGAAGUGGAGGAUGCAGAGAUGCUCACUGCCCUAGAAGGAAGUUCAGAGAAGCCACUUGACCCAGAACAGUCGCGAAUAUGCUAUAAACACGAGAGAGCCAUCCCUAUUCAACCAACUGUGGAAGCGCUGGACCUCCGAGAAGAAGGCAUAGAGACCCUUCUGUGCUACCUGGAACUGCACCCCUGUCACUGGGUAGAGCUGCUGCACCCCACUUUCUCUUCAUGCCGGGUUUCGUGCUACAAAGGCCCUCAGCAGCUGCGGACGGUUUCUCGAAGGUGCCCUCCACUCGCGGUCUGCUUGGCCCAGCAGCGCCUGAAAGGGGUGAGAGCCACCCAGGCUAGCUCUGUGGAGUUCGAUGUCAUUGCACUGGCCGAUUCCAUGGGCUGGGAGGUUCUGCCAGUCAAACGCGCCCUACGACAGCUGCAGUGGAGCAGCCCAUGGCAGAACGGUUCCCAAGGCUCCAGGAAGAGCGAGAUCCUGGUGGAGUUCAGGGAGCUCUCCUUUCACCUGCGCUCCUACGGCGACCUCAGCGAUGAUGAGCUGGACGGGGUGUGUGACUUCCUGCACCAGCGAGUCACGGGUCGAGAAAAGGCAGGCCUCCGGCAGCUCCAAGUCUGCUUCCAGGCUUUCCAGAGCGUGGCUUUUUCUACUUACGCCUCGUGCUGUGACCAUGCAGACCAGGAGAGGAGCAGCCAGCUGAAGUCCCAGCUGGUGGCUUAUUUUGAGAAGCAGCCGGUGCUGGAUGAAACCUCUGUGGGUGCAGACUGUGGGGCUGAUCAUCUCCAGGAUGUUCAGUUUCAGCAAUGGGAACAGCAAAUCCAGGCUGACAUUCGCCACUUCCUCUCCAUCCGUCAAGAUGAAAAGUUCUCUGGGAGGGCUGUGGCGAGGAUUUUCCAUGGCAUUGGGAGUCCAUGCUACCCAGCUCAGAUUUAUGGCCGAGACCGUCGUUUCUGGAGAAAGUACCUUCACUUUGACUUCCAUAAGAUUAUGCGCUUGGCUACAGAGGAGAUCAUCCGUUGGAAGUGAAUUUUAUCUGGGCAGAAUCUGGAGAGGCGAAGCCCCACUGCACAGCUGCUUGUUCCCUCCCUUGCUUGUUGGCAACUCUGCAAGCAUUACAUUUCCAGAAGAGCUCUGGCAGCCAAAUUUCUCCCUGGGCAAUUGUCCAAGCUUUCUACAAAAUAGUAGGUGGGGCAACUGAAGAAAGUUCUCCUGGCCUAAACAAGUUGGUCAAGAGUCCUUUAAAAAACUAAUCUUGAAUUCACUCCAAAAAUAUGAAAUCCUACAUAUUUGGCAAAAUCUUGAAGAGCGUUCCUUCACCUCGUGGCUUUCCCUUCCAGAAUUCUGGCAGUGAUGGGGUUGGGCUGUGGAUUUAGGGAGUGGAUAAGGCGUUGAUUUAUAAUCUUCAAUGUUUUUUGAAGAACAGACAGUUCCUCUUUCUGAGGAGAGUUGGAAGUCUUGAUUUGCCUUCUGACAUUUGAACUGGACAAUGAACACACGUAGCCAUAUUAAGUAAACGCCUCUAAGGAAAAAGGGGAAUGUUUUUGUACUGCACUAGAGGAUUUUCCCUGGCAGAACUUGAUUUUAAUAAAACAUUUUUUUUUUUACUUAA